ACCCAUAAUUUUGUUUACUUUUUUGUUUAUUAUUAUUUUCUCCAUCUCUUCUAUUCUGUUCUAUUUUUAGCAACUCUCUAUCUGUACCUGCAAAACAACAAAAUCAAGAACCUGAAAAAACAAACUAUAAACAAGGGCUUUGUGGAUGUAUCUGCAGCUUAUAUAACGUUAUGAUUCUGAAGUUUAUGUUAUAAAAGAUAGAAUCUUUUUGGAUACCCUUUAGCUAUGAUAUCAGGAUUUUUGAAUGUUUUAGUGAUUUAAAGUUUGAUUCUUUGAUAUAAGUUGAGGAUCAAUUGCUGCUAAAAAUUGUGGGUUCAAGUUGUUUUUGGUGUUAAAUUAAUGGAGGGUAGGAUUUGAUGGAUUGGAGAAAUGGAGUUUUUUAUUUAUACAUUUUGAGCUAAGUGUUUGAGAAGAUGGAUGUAAAAGAAGAUACUGAUUCACAAGAGAGGCCGCCGUCGCCUUAUGCGGAGUUGCAGCAUAUAUCGGAGGAGGCGUUCAAAAUGGCUGGGGAGGCAUUGCAUAAUGCCUACACAGGUAAUGGUCAAUCCCCUCAGCCAAUGCCACCGUUGCACCGGCGUAGUCAAAGUGAAGUUUUGAGCCCGGGGCAUAGACGGACUAGUAGUUUUCAUAGGUUUAAAACUCAGAUGCAAAAGGCGUGGGGAUGGGGUGGAAAUAAUAAAGAACCGUGUUACAGUUUCAACCCGGAGGUUUUGGCUAAUCAGAAACGUCAGUGGUAUCAGCUUCAUUCCAAAACUCUGGACAUUAAAAAGUUAAAGGAUCCCACCUCACUUUUUGAACAAUUUGUUAUCAUGGGGCUUCAUCACGAUGCCAAUCUUGAGGCUGUAGAGGAUGUAUUUGCAAGAAGGAAGAAAUGGGAGUUCGAGGUAGCAAAAUCUGAUAUGAUAGCUUAUAGAACUCGGCAGAGUCGGGGACCUACAUAUCCUUCAAUGGAACCCCAGAUACUUUUCAAAUAUCCACCUGGGAAGAGAUUGCCUAUGCGCCUAAAGGAUUUAGGCUCCUUCUGCUUUCCUGAAGGUGUCAAGACUCGCUUAUUGGAGAGGACACCAUCCUUAAGUGAGCUAAAUGAAAUUGUAUACGGACAGGAUCAUAAUGGAAGGGAUGAUCUAGCAUUCAUAUUUUCACUUAAGGUGGCAGAUAAUGAUACUCUUUACGGGGUUUGCUUACAUGUAACAGAAAUUGUUCAAAGACCGCCUGGUAUUUUAGGCCACACCUCACCUGUUCGACAGUCAACUCGCCGCUGUGGCCGCUUUUUGGUUUCUGCGCCUCGCUGCUACUGUGUGCUUACUAGAGUUCCUUUCUUUGAGUUACACUAUGAGAUGUUGAACAGUAUCAUUGCACAGGAGCGAUUGAAUCGAAUAACACAGUUUGUUAAUGAAGUGUCACUGAGUGUUGUCCCUUUAUUAUCCAAACCGCAUGAUCAAAUGAAUAUGAAUGUUGACUACCCUGAUAAGCAGUGUGGUUUUGAUUGGACAGCCUCUGCAAUACCCGUUGAUAAUGCAUUGGCACUUACUGCUGCUGCUGCUGGAAUUAUAUCAGAUGAUGAAGUCCAAAUAACAUCACCAAAGAUAUGGGAAUCUCAUUCUCCUGAAAGUUGUACUGCUAGUGAGGCUUCAGAUUUGAGUCAAGUGAGGGAAGUGGACAAGGAUGGUAGGAAAAAUAUGCAAUAUUCUGAUGAUUGUGCUUCUGAAUCAUCAGAAGCUCGCUCUGAUGCUUUAGAAAGGAUUGAUGGGAGCUAUGAAAAUGGACAAGCCUCUCCAGAUAUCAUGACACUUAACGGCUUUCGGAGCCAAGGAUUGGAGCGUAUAGGAAGUUAUGAUACUUUAUUCAGUCCAGUUAGAAGCAUGGGAUUAGAUGAUGAGGAUGAUGAACUUUUUGCAUAUCGCGAAAAAGAUUUUGAUGAUGGCUUAGUAAUGGAAUGGGCAAAGGAAAACAAAAAUGAGUUGCUUCAAAUAGUUUGCGGUUAUCAUUCUUUGCCUCUUCCCCAACGAGGAAGUAAAAUAGUCUUUCAGCCUCAUGAACACUUGCAAGCUAUUUGGUAUAGGCGGCCUUCAGUUUCCGACUUCAAAUUUCCUGAAAAUUUUCUAACUUCUUUAGAAGCUCCUGAGGUCAAAGGGAAGUUAGCUGCAGCCGAGGAAGCUCUUGCUCUAUCAAUAUGGACAACUGCAACCAUAUGUCGAGUUCUAUCACUUGAAACUAUUUUGGCACUUGUCACAGGAGUAUUACUGGAAAAACAAGUGGUUGUUGUAUGCCCAAACCUGGGUGUCCUAUCUGCUGUGGUACUAUCUCUUGGUCCCAUGAUUCGCCCAUUUCAGUGGCAGAGUUUAUUUCUUCCGGUUCUGCCAGGGAGGAUGCUUGAUUUUCUUGACGCUCCAGUUCCCUUUAUUGUUGGCAUACAGCAAAAACCAGAAGACUGGAAGAUGAAAACAUUUAAUCUUGUCCAUGUGAAUGUGCUCAAGGAUCAGGUGAAAAUGUGUCACUUGCCAGCACUUCCGCGGUAUAAAGAACUUGUUUCUGAACUUGCGCCACUUCAUUGUAGAUUAUCAUAUCAAAGCUCGAUAGCCAAAAAGCAUCCUGUAUAUAGAUGCAAUGAAGUACAGGCGGAAGCUGCAAGCCAAUUUUUGAACAUCAUGAGGCGGUAUUUGGAAUCUAUUUGUUCGGAAUUGAGGUUCCACACGAUAACUAAUGUACAAUCAAACAGCGACAGGGUAUGUUUACUUCUGAAAGAUAGCUUUAUCGAUUCCUUUCCUAGCAGGGACCGGCCAUUUAUUAAGAUAUUCGUAGACACACAACUAUUUGCUGUUCUAUCAGACCAACGACUGUCGAGCUUCGAGAAUGAUAGACCGUAAAUUAAUCCCUUUAUUAGUUUAAUGCAUCCAAUCAGAAUUCGGAAAAGCUAAUUAUAGACUAAGUGAAUGCAGUGGGAGAAUAGCGGCUUCUGCAACGGUGUUUGAUUCAAGCAAUGAGUGAUCUGAUAUAGAGUGAAGGCUGCAGAAAAGAAAUUUGUAGUAUAGGAAUAGCAAUAAUUGGAGGAUGCCUAACACUAAUGAUUAUAGGUCUUAUUGAACAAAAGAAAAGGCAGAUGAAAUGCAUCAUAAUCCCAUUAUUUUAUGGGGAUUUUGGUCUUAGGCUUCAAGCUUUUGUAAAUGUCAGCAGCAUAAUACUCGAAGAUGGUAAAACUCUUUGAAUGCAAUAAUUAGCAUCAGCAUUAAUGAUUA